CAUUGACAAUGUCGAAAUCAGAAGCAUAUUUAUUAAACCACAACAUUUUAAUGAAUCAAAGAUCUAUUAUAGGUCUCAAGUGGGUGGGGUAACAUCAAUAAACACCAGUUUUUUCCAUCCCAGACACGUUCAAACAACAGGAGCUUAUCCUUCUGAGUCAUUCCUUGUUUCAGAAGACAAUGGCUUCUUUCUCAGUAGAAGAUUUUGUUGGCAAUGGGGUUCUGAAGGAAUUGCUUCCAAAAUUAUUGGAAGAAGGUUGGGAUGACGUCCCAACCUUAAAGAUCAUGAACUCAGAGGACAUGGAUGCAAUCAACAUGUCACAACAUCAAAAGGAUGCUCUGGAAAUCAGAACAUACCUUCAUGAUCGUGCACUGGUCCAAUAUGGAGAUAGGCUAGAGGCCUCCAGGAAAAUCCUGCCUGAGCUCCUUAACAUAAGCACUGAGGAUCUAUCUUCACAGUUUGGCAUGAAGAGGGGGCACAUCGCACGCUUCACGGAUAGAACCAAUCCAUGUGCAGAUCCUCUGCCCAAAUCAUAUGGCCUCACUGCAAGUAAAGUCACUGGUACACCAUCUAGAAAUAAUAGCAUCUACAAGCAUUUCGCAACUGUCAAUUCCAAUAAGAUGCAAAAUACAGCAAAAUCGUUCGGCAGGAGCAGCACAAACAAUGAGAGGUCGCUGGGAGAAUCACUCGCUGAUUUCAAAAUUAAAGAUGGAUACAUCUUUAAAGGGAUUGUUGCUGCAGGACCAGCUGAGCCUCGAGCCUGUGGUUGUGUACAACCUCCUCCUGUGGUUGAUAAUGUUGCGCCUUACUCUGCUAUUGGAAACAUAUCAGUUCAGAAAUUAACUCCUGCAUAUAAGAUUGGGAUGGAGCGUUUGGUGAAGUCUAAGACUCCACCAAUGAAAGCUUCAGAAUUAUGGCGGGAUAAGCCAGCUGUACUCCUCUGCAUUCGACGACCUGGGUGCAUCAUGUGCAGAGCUGAAGCUCACCAGUUCUAUGCCAAAAAGCCAAUAUUUGAUGCACUAGGAGUGCAAAUAUUUGCAGUUCUUCAUGAGCAUAUAGAAUCAGAGGUAAAAGACUUCUGGCCCCGCUAUUGGGGUGGGGUUGUAAUUUUGGAUCGUUCUAUGGGAUUUUUCAAAGCUCUUGGAGGUGGGAAAUUACUCAAGGAUAAGUUCCUAUCAGGAUUUGUAUUCAACCCUCGGGCUAUUGCAAAUUACAAACGUGCAAAAGCUAUGGGAAUAAAGCAAAACUUUAAAGGAGAAGGUGAAAUCAAGGGUGGGCUUUUUAUAGUUGGCCGAGGAGGAACUGGCAUUGCUUACCAAUUUAUUGAGAGGAAUUUUGGGGAUUGGGCUCCUGUAGCUGAAGUUAUCGAGAUCUGUACUCGAUUGCAGAACCAAGAGCUAGAUCAAGGAGCUUCUAGCAAAUCCCCUCAAGAAUACGAGUGAAGUGGUUUCUUGAAUUCAUCAUACAAUAAACUCUCUAUCCUUAUCAGCAUAAACGAAGUCUAAUAAUCUCAGUCUUUAACAUCACUUGUAAUAACCUCUAUGGCUUGUAUUAGUAUGAAAUUUAGCAAACCACUUUUUUAAAUUUUAAACAUAAUAUAGGUUACAUAUGAGAAAUGAUGCCCAUGUGGAUAUAAUUUGGCUUCACUGGAUUGUAAUACCUUCUAUGGCUUGUAUCAGAAGAAAUUUUGCAACAGCAAAUACCAUUCAAAAUAAAAUGAAAUUAAGCAGUACACAGGAAUUUAGUGAGAUAA